AUGUUUGUAAGACAAGUACCGUUUGUCUAUUCUUCCCUUGGUGUUACACUAAAAAGAUUAUUAAAGCCAAGAUUAAGCCCAAUUCGAAAACUAAUGAACCAACCUUCAUCUCUUAAUAAUACAAAGAAUAAUGCUGUGGUUGCAGUGAACAGUACUGUUGCUGCUGACAUAGAUAAACAACUAAUGUCCAAUAAAUAUGGAUUUACUUUACCCCAAUUAAUGGAAUUGGCUGGGUUUUCAGUUUCACAAGUUGUCUACAGAGAAUAUCCUUUAGAUAAUUGUGGGAAUAACAAAGUUUUCAUUAUUGUCGGUAGUGGUAAUAAUGGUGGCGAUGGUUUGGUAUGUGCAAGACAUUUGAAACUAUUCGGUUAUGAACCAAUUGUUUAUUAUCCAACAUAUACCAAAAGUAUCAGUAAACAACCAUUUUAUAACAAUUUAACUUUACAGUUAGAAGAAAUGUUUGAAAUACCGAUUUUUAAAGCACCAAUAGAUAAACCAUCUCUAACCAAAUAUUUGGCAGAGUGUAGAUGCGUUGUUGACGGUGUAUUUGGUUUCAGCUUCAAACCACCUAUUCGUAAAGAUUCUGUUUUCUUUCCUAUAAUGGAAGCAAUGGUCGAGUAUUCAAAUGCUAAUGGAAAGGGUAGUGGUAAUGUAAUUUCCAUUGAUAUUCCUAGUGGUUGGGAUGUGGAUAAAGGACCAUUGUCAUUAACUAACGAUGAUCAUGCAAAAUAUGUGCAACCUAAGGUUUUAAUUAGUUUAACAGUACCCAAAUUGUGCACUCAUUUCCUUGAUCCCACUUUCACUAAACAUUAUGUUGGUGGUAGGUUUAUUUCUGGACCAUUUGCUGAAUCUUUGGGGUUCAAAAGCUUUGACUACAAGGGUACAGAUCAAAUAUUAGAAUUAAAAAUGAAAUGA